CUGAUUCAGUCUCUCCACUGUCUGUGUGUUUUGUUCAGUGGAGGAUGAAGUGUGUCUCUGAUUCAGUCUCUCCACUGUCUGUGUGUUUUGUUCAGUGGAGGAUGAAGUGUGUCUCUGAUUCAGUCUCUCCACUGUCUGUGUGUUUUGUUCAGUGGAGGAUGAAGUGUGUCUCUGAUUCAGUCUCUCUACUGUCUGUCACACUGGUUACAAAGUCCAGCCUUCUGGGCUUCCAAGCUACAUUGCACUAAAAUAUGAUCCCUUUCUGUCUUGGUUCCUGCAUUUUACUGCAGACAGCAUUCACGGGUCAACCUUCUGUGAGUCUGAACUCCAUCCGCAAUGAGACCUUGUUGGCUUUCCAGUUUGUUUACAUACACCAAAGUUGGGUGUAACUGCAGCGUGUGUGUCUGUAUGUAUGUAUCUGUACAUGUCAGUCUGUGUGUAUAUCAGUAUGUCUGUCUCUGUGUGUAUGUGUGUCUGACUGUGUUUCUAUGUGUCCGUGUGUGUGAAUCCUGCUCAUUAAUUUCCAAUAUAUUUUAAAUUGGUCCCUGCGCAGUCAAUUAUUUUACUGCAGGAAGACACAAUCUCAUUAUCUAGCAGAGAGCAACCACAGAGGAAUAGACACAAGCCCUCCCCCAAUCGAACCCCCCCCGAAUUAGCUGCACCUCUCCUGCACCUCCCUUCCUCUCCCCUCACAAGCAGAUCAAACAGGUGAGACACAAACACACCUGCACUCAGUGAAGAAGAGAGAGAGAGAGAGAGACAGAGACAUCUUCAGACUGGACUCCAGAUCUGUCUCCUGCAGAAACUCACUCAAGUGUCCUUUGACCCAGCAUGGCAGAGGGCGGCAGUUUCACGGCAAUGCUUCUACAAGGAUUUGGAGGAGACCCCCUCUCUGAGACACCAACCCCCCAGAGCAGAGGGGCUUUCAAACAGAUACAGGGACACCGUGAGGUGCUGGGGGAGAGGUGUGUGGUCUGUGCAGGAUGUGGGGGGCGUGUCUAUGACCGGUACUUCCUGCUGGCGGUGGACAGGCAGUGGCAUGCAGGGUGUCUGCGCUGCAGCCUGUGCCAGUGCGCCCUCGAUGCCCAGCUCACCUGCUUCUCAAAGGACGGCGCCAUCUACUGCAAGGAGGACUACUACAGCCGGUUCUGUGUGCAGUGCUGUGCUCGCUGUGGGCUCGGGGUUCCCGCCUCCUCUCUGGUGAUGCGCGCGCGGGACUCUGUGUUUCACCUGCGCUGCUUCACCUGCCUGCCCUGCGGAGCCGCGCUGCGACCCGGCGACCUCUUCACCAUGAGGGGUGGUGACCUAUACUGCCAGAGACACUCCACCCAUGGACACACCCCAAAACCACGCCUCCGCAAGCGUAGGGCCACGCCCACUGAGAGAGAAAGAAACACAGCAGGCCUCCUUCCCUUGGAGGAGGGGGAGGGGUUUCUGGGCGGCCCCGAGCCCCAAUUGGCUGGGCAGCAGCAGGAGGGCAUGUCCGUGUCGAAGACUAAGCGAAUCAGGACAUGCUUCAAGAACCACCAGCUGCGCACCAUGGAGUCCUACUUCGCAGUGAAGCACAACCCUGACGGGAAGGACUGGGAGCAGCUGGCCAAGAGGACAGGGCUGCCCAAAAGAGUGCUGCAGGUUUGGUUUCAGAAUGCCCGGGCUAAACUGCGCAAGACCCUGACCACAGACGAGCCAAUCGAAGGAGAGGGGGCCGACGACACGGCAACCACCACCAUCGACCAAUCUCAGCUCUCCCUCACAACCAUGCCCCCCAUGGACCCACCCACCCCAGCCUCGGAACCCUCUGCCCAGCCAAGCAGAGCACCCAGCCCCUUCCUCUCCUUUCCAGAGUUCUCAGGAAGUUACAUCACACAGCCUGGCCCCAUCAUGGCCCCCAUAUUCCUGAACUUUGACCUUGGGGAGUCGACCACCAGCAGUGUGGAGGAUUCUGGUCCAGCGAGUUUCUUUUGAGUGAAAAAAAAAAAGAAAAAAAAAACUGGGGACUGACUACAGCAGCUACCAAACAUAGUACUGUACUCAGAACAGUGCUGGAGGGACCACACUAUAUAACACUAUAACACCCUGUACAGAACUACAGCAGCUACCCAGCAUGGUGUCUAUAUAACACUAUAACACCCUGUACAGAACUACAGCAGCUACCCAGCAUGGUGUCUAUAUAACACUAUAACACCCUGUACAGAACUACAGCAGCUACCCAGCAUGGUGUCUAUAUAACACUAUAACACCCUGUACAGAACUACAGCAGCUACCCAGCAUGGUGUCUAUAUAACACUAUAACACCCUGUACAGAACUACAGCAGCUACCCAGCAUGGUGUCUAUAUAACACUAUAACACCCUGUACAGAACUACAGCAGCUACCCAGCAUGGUGUCUAUAUAACACUAUAACACCCUGGACAGAACUACAGCAGAUACCCAGCAUGGUGUCUAUAGAAAGUAUAGUGCGCUGGCAUUGUCUGCUGUGUGCUGGGCACAGCCUCGCUGUGCUGUACCAGGGUAAUGCUGGCGAGACCACACUAUGUAACUUAUUGUAACAGAGGAUAGUCUUCCUGCAGUUUGAUGUAUUUUAUACACUAUUGCUGUUUCAGUGAUUCGGACUGUGGUUACAUCUUUUGGCCACCUUUACUUGCGGUGGCGCUGUGUGCUUAUUCAAAAUGCAGUUAGAAAUAAAUGUAAGUAAAACCCGUAUUUAUUUUUUUAUGUCGAUUUUGCAAUCCAAGAAGUUGGAGCUGGACCAGGCCUCGUCUGUUUGGGAUGUUUGUUCACAGAACGUUCAGGAUUUGAAUUAAUUAGUCAAGUUUGCAGUUUUACCUUUUUCAGCUGUUAGAUUAUUAUUUUUUUUCUCAUUUUUCAAAGCACUGUUACACCUGAGAGUAUCUGGAGUCACUUUUAAAAAUAAAUCAUUUCUAAAAAACCAUUCCCUAAACAAAUCAUUCCUUAAGAAAUUGUGAAUGCUGCCCUUAUUUUAAUAUGUAUUAUUAUGUUUGUAAAAAAUGAUAACAAUGAGUGCUGUUUGUUUUGUACCCGUUUUCUCGUUCUUUCACUGCCCCCUGAGCUCAGUAUGAUGUGAGCAGUCAAUCUGAGUGCUGCUUUGUGCAAUUAUUCCCAUCACUCAGAUGCUGUGCGUUUUCAUAUUUGAUAAGUCUGUGUGAA